AUGACCAUCAAUGCACUCAACCAGAAUGGGUUCCAACGAGAACAAAUGCCCUGCUUGACCAAGAUGGAGCGUAUGAUUGUGGCCAUGCAAGACCCAGAUAUGGGUAUGAAGAUGAGAAAUCAGCGACUCCUAAUAACAGUAAUCCCCCACGCUAUGACCGGAAUUGACAUUGUGGAGUGGCUAAUUCAGAAGUACUCCAUAUGUGAAGAAGAGGCGCUUCAUUUAGGGAACCUUCUAGUGAAAUUUGGCUACAUAUACCCACUGAGGGAGCCCAGGAAUCUCUGUUUGAAACCAGAUGAGUCACCUUACCGUUUUCAGACACCGUAUUACUGGACCACAACCUGCUGGCCGGCCACUGAACUAGACUAUGCCAUCUAUUUGGCAAAGAAGAACAUUCGUAAACAAGGCGAACUGAUUGAGUAUGAAAAGGAGAGUUAUAAUGCUUUGCAUAAGCGGAUAAAUCACACCUGGGACUUUGUGGUGAUGCAGGCAAGAGAGCAGCUCAGAGCCUCUAAACAACGGCGGAAGGCUGAUCGCAUUGUGCUAGAAUGCCAGGAACAAGCUUAUUGGCUUGUCAACAGACCUCCACCUGGUGUAAUGAAUGUCCUGGAACAGGGACCAGAGAGAAAGAAUAACCUGAACACACGAGUGCAACUGAAUGCAGAAUUCUACAAAAAAGAGAUUGAACAGAACAGGAGAGGCAUUGGAAGAAAUCGAGUGAAAUCAUCCAUCUGCCUAGAGAGUUUUGUUAAGUUCUGUGAGCAGUACCAGGCCCAUGACCCCAUAAUGCAGGGCAGUCUUCCCAGCAACCCCUGGAUCACAGACGACAUCAUGUUCUGGAAUAUGAACUCUGACACGGUUGCCAUGCCAACUAAACUGCGUGUGGAGCGUUGGAGUUUCAGCUUCAUGGAACUACUGAAUGACCCACUGGGCCGAAAAGAACUCCUCAGAUACCUGGAGAAAGAGUUUAGCGCGGAGAACUUGUGUUUCUGGCAGGCGUGCGAAGACGUCCGUCACGGUGAAACUUCAAAAAUCCCUGAGAAAGUGGACGAGGUUUACAAGCAGUUCUUGGCCCCUGGUGCAAGUCGAUGGGUAAACAUUGACAGUAAGACAAUGGAGAAGACUUUAGAAGGCAUCAAACGACCUCAUCGUUUUGUCUUAGAUGACGCCCAGUUGCACAUUUAUUUCCUCAUGAAGAAGGACUCUUAUCCUCGCUACCUGAAAUCUGACCUGUACAAGAACUUGCUGGCCAAGGCCAUUGUACCACAAGAGACCAAAAAGAGUGUGUUUCCCUUUAUGAGACGCCAGCGUCACUCCAGCCCUUCACCUGCUUUAGUUCCCUCAGGAGGAGAGGAUGAUGGGAAAGCAAAAUCCUCUGGUGCUGCACCAACAAAGAUCAACUCCAGCUCCUAG